CGUGACUCUAAUUAGGGAUUUUACGAACCCACGGAGGAGAGAGAAAGCGUAAAAAGGGUCUCCCGUUGGUUUUACUUCCCUCUUUUCUGGACCGGAGUGAAGAGAGAGAAACUCUCACUUGUUCUUCCUCCCACCCCACCAACAAUAAUUAGGGUUUUCAUUCCUCCCACUGAUUUCAAUUACAGACUUUCAGUGAUUUAAUUCCGUAUUGGCGCUCUCAACUCCAACCUUUGAACUUGGUAGUUCGGAGGUAGCACGAUGCUCCCCUGCUUCGAUAUUGUUUUUUUCUUAAGGUUCGAAGCGAAGCUAUGUUUGGAAUUUGAGAAUUUUCAAGCUGUAAUGGUCGAUUUAUUUAUAAAUGUUGAUUGAUGGAUUCUGACAGCAAGAAGUUUGGAAGAGGUCCUAGAGAGCUGACAGGCGCUGUCGACCUUUUAAGUUAUUACAAACUAUUGCCGCAGCAUGAGUAUUUCUGUAAGAAGUCACUUCCAGUGGCCAUUUCUGAUACGCACUAUCUUCACAAUGUGGUGGGAGACACAGAAAUCAGGAAAGGUGAAGGAAUGCAAUUGGAUCAACUGAUCCAAGAUGGUUCACUUUCAAGAGAGACAAAUGCACGGAUACAGCCUUUUGAUCUAGAUGUUCUCAGAGAAGCCUUACAGUUCAGGGAAACAGCUCCAGUUGACCUACCUUCUUCGGAGAAGGGUAUUCCUACAAUAGCUGGAAAGUCUAAAAGUGAGUCUAAAGACAAGGAUAAGAAGCAUAAAAAACAUAAAGACAAGGAAAAGGACAAGGAGCAUAAAAAACACAAACAUCGGCAUAAAGAUCGAAGCAAAGAUAAAGAUAAGGAGAAAAAGAAAGAAAAAAGUGGCCAUCAUGACUCAGGUGCUGAGCAUUCAAAGAAACAUCAUGAGAAGAAAAGGAAGCAUGAUGGAGAUGAAGAUAUUAAUGACAGACACAAGCACAAGAAAAGUAAGCAUAAGAGCUCAAAGAUUGAUGAGAUGGGUGCAAUAAGGGUUGCAGGCUGACUAAGGGAGGUGUGAUUUGUAAAUUUUUUAAGUCCUCAGAUGUUGCAGUUGAGAAUUAGAAGGAGUCUGUUACUUUCGCUCAACUCCAAUUAUCUGAGGUAUGGAUUUUGCUCUUCUGCAAUGUCCUAUUUAGAAGUACUUGUGAUAUAUUGGAACUCUUUUGGCAUGAUAAUACCUGGGCAUGUUAGAAGUCUCAAGCAUUUGAGAAGUUCAUUUUUAUGGUUUUCAUUUGGCUAAUGAUAUUAGCAUUAUACACACUUUGGCCUCCUUUCCAGCGGGAUAUGAUGGGAGAUAAUAAGUACUUGGGUGGGUGAGGUUAGUGCUAGUUUUUCCUGUUUUGACAGUUUAGAUGGCAGAGGAAUGCUGUUAUUCGAAUGUGGAACCUGCAUAUCUGUUUCUAAAU